UGGCAACUGUUCAAUCGCCACAUAACCUAUUUAUAGUGACUAAGGUCGCCGCCAUUUCUUGUCGUUUCGAGAUUGAUAUAAAGCAAAAAAGCCCCCAAAAUUCCCUUAAAACUUGUCGUCCUCAUCAUCAACUCAUGUGACCCCAAAUCAGAUUUCGAGGGUUGCUUCAUCACUCUCUCAAUUCUCUGGGCAUAGAUUAAAAGCGUCAAGAAUUGAACAAGGAAGGCUGUUUGGCUUACACUUUUUCCACCCCAUCGGUUAAGAGGCAGAAGAAAUGAAAAUGAAGAUCCACAGAUCAUCAGCAGAUAACAUUUGCUGGCAGCUGUUCCUGAACUGCUAUUGACUUAAGUGUAUGAACCUUCUGAAAUGGCAAGAUUUGCACGAGGUAGAGGUAGAGGUCGGCGAGCUGGAAGGGGCCAUGGGCGUGGUAAUAUUGAAGGAGUACGUGAUAAUUUUGCAGUGGCAUCAUCCGUAAAUAAUAAUCCACCACAUAGACCUAUACUGGAUCAAGCAUCUCCGCCACAAGCACAACCAGCAGGGAUUCCUAAAGCAAUUCAGUGGACUUCUCCUUCCUUAAGGACCCCUGGAACAAGUCAAAGACGAUUGUCCGGGUCACAAUUAUCAAGCAAUAUGGAAGGAAGUGUACAUCCCUCUUCAGAGAAUUUAAAUAGCGGUGAAGUUUCUUGCAGCAAAUCUAAGAAAGGAAGGGGAAAAUAUAGAUCUAUAAACGUGGAAAUGAAAACCAAAUAUGGGGGUAAAAUCACAGUUCAUAUUCCGGAUGACAUUGAUAGAGCUGUAGGUCCCGGGGCUAGAGAUAUUGUCAAUUAUUGUGGCUUGACCAUGAGGAGCACUAUCUCGUUUAGAGAUGGUGAUUGGGCAACAAUUUUUGCAAAACAUGGAGAAACAAUGUGGCUGAAAGUGAAGGAGAAAUUUGAAGUAGGUGGUGGUAGGGGAGAGAAUGUGCUGCUAGGUUUUGUGGCCAGUACUAUGAAAAGGCUUUUUAGAACGUGGAAGACUCGGUUGCAUGCUGAAUAUUUGCGUUUUAAUACUGAUGAGGAGAGACUGUCCCAUCCGCCAAAAGAUGUUAUGCCUGAGGAUUGGAAAUUUCUGAUACAAUAUUUUGGAAGCCAGGCAUUCAAGGCUAAAAGUGAGAGAAAUAAAAUAAACAGGAAAAAGCAAACAACAAAGCAUUUAUGUGGUUCAAAGUCUUUUGCAGAAGUAGAGGAAUCAACGAGAGAUCCUCUUACUGGAGAAAAGGCACCACCAGAUCGUGUCUGGGAGCUCCAACAUACGCGUAAGAAUGAUAAAGGAGAACUGUUGUGGUCAGAUCAACAAUCUCAACAAAUUCACGGCCAGAUCCAUAAACUUGUGGUUCAACAACAAUAUGAACAAAACGAGAAUCCAAUGGCUGGAGAUGAGAUUUUAGCUACUGUACUUGGCGAGAGAACAGGCUAUGUCCGUGGAAAAGGUUAUGGAAAGACGCCUUUAAAAAAGAGCCGCACGCAACAUGAGUACUUAGAAUCUAGCCUGUCUUCGGCAAUAGAAAGUGUGCGCCAAGAGAUGCAAGCUGACAUGGAUCGUAAGUUGCAAGAGGAACGUGAGCAAAUGCGAGCUGAAAUGGACAAAAGGUUUCAAGCACAGAUGGAAAAGGAGCGUAGACAAAUGCGAGUAGAAAUAGACAAAAGGAUCCAAGAUCAGAUGGUGGCUAAUUUAAUGGUCGGAAUGCAACAGGGUCAAGGUUCUUCUACUGCCCGAGUUAGCAAAGGCAAAAAGCAAAACAGCCCUGAAGUCAGUUGGGGUGUCAAGCGUAAACGUAAGUAAACUUAUCAGGCUUAAUGAAGAAAUGUGCAAUUUAUGGGAAGAGAUUUUUACACACUGUGAUAUUCAGGUAUUAAUAUAUCUAUCAUUUAGCCUGUUUUUCCCUUACCCGGUAUAACCGACUUUUUGUAUAAUAUGUUAAAAUUAGAUUUGUUAAAAUUAGAUUGUCUCAGUUGUUGAAUUUUUGAGCUUAUAUCUUCAAAGUCGACUUUGAAAACUUUGAGUCCUAUUGCUUGUUAGUUGACAAAAUCGAUUUGUUGUUGUGUUUGGAGCUCAAAAAGUGGUUAGAGUGUACUGAUUUUGUACGAUUUGGGCGAUGAAAAUCAUAUUAGAAAGGUAAACCACCAUUGUUUAACAAAGCUUGAAGGAAUGAGUUUGAAUUUCAUUUAUUUUUUUGGGUGAGAAAUUUGGAGUGUAGAGACACUUUGUAAGUAGUCUAAGGAGGUUGCUACAAAAUUUAAAGUCAUUUGCAGGAGAGGACUGGUUUUGAACAAAAAUUGUAAUCGAAAAUUGCAGAAGUUCGGCUCUACGGUUAGAGAUGUAUUAUACAUUUUAUACAGUGUUAAUAGACAUCAAAGGUUGAUAUGU